CUUGAAAAAUUCAAUAUGUCAUCCGGAAAUGCUAUGGACUCUUUGAAUGCUGCUCUCAAGUGCAAUAUUAUUCCAAAUCAAGAAUAUUUACUACAAGGUUCAGUUUUAGAUCAAUAUGUUGAAGUAUUGUUGCAUCGUUUAAGGGGUCUAUGUGAUAACGUUGAUAGUGGCCCAGAAUCAUUUCAUGACCACGAACUUUGUUUUUCUCUGAGGAUUGCAAAUACUGGCACAACAACCCCAAUGUCUGUGUUUGCCUUGAGAGUAAGGAGAUCGCUAGAUGUAUCUGAUACACCUUUUCAGCUACGAUAUAUUGGACAACAAGAGCUAGGUGAUAAAAAUAGACCAACAGUUGUGCGUUCUAGCAUCGACAUCGCUUGCAGUUCCACUAUCACCGACUUUUUGACAGAACUUGGAUGCAGAUUAGAUUUUGAGUAUAUUGCAAGAGGAUAUAUGUUUAGGAAAGGUAGAAUGAAAAUCACAGUUUCAAAAAUUUUCAAGAUGGGAGGUAACAAACCUGUUGAAGGAGUGGAGCCUAUCUCUCGAAGUUAUNGAAUAUGA